GCACGCUGACGCCGCGCAGUCUCGUCCCCUGCUGCCGCCGUCGCCGCUGCUGUCGCCGCCGCCAUUGGAGUCGACGCCUCCUCAGUGCGUCCGCGUCCGGGGCUCACCGCCGCUGCCGCCUCGCCAGGGGCCCGCGCGCCCAGCAGCCGCCGCCGCCGCCCGGCCGGCGCCCGGGGAAUUGGCGGCGGGGCCCGGGGCCGCGCGAGCUAGGGUGACAGGCCCGGCCUCUAGGGGAGGCCCGAGCCGGCGGGCGCCCCGGCCCCGCGUCUAGUUGUUCAUGAAGCAUGUCGGCCACCAGCGUGGACACCCAGAGAACAAAAGGACAAGAUAAUAAAGUACAAAAUGGUUCUUUACAUCAGAAGGAUACAGUUCAUGACAAUGACUUUGAGCCCUACCUUACUGGACAGUCAAAUCAGAGUAACAGUUACCCCUCAAUGAGCGACCCCUACCUGUCCAGCUAUUACCCGCCGUCCAUUGGAUUUCCUUACUCCCUCAAUGAGGCUCCGUGGUCUACUGCAGGGGACCCUCCGAUUCCAUACCUCACCACCUACGGACAGCUCAGUAACGGAGACCAUCAUUUUAUGCACGAUGCUGUUUUUGGGCAGCCUGGGGGCCUGGGGAACAACAUCUAUCAGCACAGGUUUAAUUUUUUCCCUGAAAACCCUGCGUUCUCAGCAUGGGGGACAAGUGGGUCUCAAGGUCAGCAGACCCAGAGCUCCGCGUAUGGGAGCAGCUACACCUACCCCCCGAGCUCCCUGGGUGGCACGGUGGUUGAUGGGCAGCCAGGCUUUCACAGCGACACCCUCAGCAAGGCCCCCGGGAUGAACAGCCUGGAGCAGGGCAUGGUUGGCCUGAAGAUUGGGGACGUCAGCUCCUCCGCUGUCAAGACGGUGGGCUCCGUCGUCAGCAGCGUGGCACUGACUGGUGUCCUUUCUGGCAACGGUGGGACAAAUGUGAACAUGCCGGUUUCAAAGCCGACCUCGUGGGCUGCCAUUGCCAGCAAGCCUGCAAAACCACAGCCUAAAAUGAAAACAAAGAGCGGGCCUGUCAUGGGGGGUGCGCUGCCCCCUCCACCCAUAAAGCAUAACAUGGACAUUGGCACCUGGGAUAACAAGGGGCCUGUGCCGAAGGCCCCAGUCCCCCAGCAGGCACCCUCUCCACAGGCUGCCCCACAGCCCCAGCAGGUGGCUCAGCCUCUCCCAGCACAGCCCCCAGCUUUGGCUCAACCGCAGUAUCAGAGCCCUCAGCAGCCACCCCAGACCCGCUGGGUUGCCCCACGCAACAGAAAUGCGGCGUUUGGGCAGAGCGGAGGGGCUGGCAGCGAUAGCAACUCUCCUGGAAACGUCCAGCCUAAUUCUGCCCCCAGCGUCGAAUCCCACCCCGUCCUUGAAAAACUGAAGGCUGCUCACAGCUACAACCCGAAAGAGUUUGAGUGGAAUCUGAAAAGCGGGCGUGUGUUCAUCAUCAAGAGCUAUUCUGAGGACGACAUCCACCGCUCCAUUAAGUACUCCAUCUGGUGUAGCACAGAGCACGGCAACAAACGCCUGGACAGCGCCUUCCGCUGCAUGAGCAGCAAGGGGCCCGUCUACCUGCUCUUCAGCGUCAAUGGGAGUGGGCAUUUUUGUGGGGUGGCCGAGAUGAAGUCCCCCGUGGACUACGGCACCAGUGCCGGGGUCUGGUCUCAGGACAAGUGGAAGGGGAAGUUUGAUGUCCAGUGGAUUUUUGUUAAGGAUGUACCCAAUAACCAGCUCCGGCACAUCAGGCUGGAGAAUAACGACAACAAACCGGUCACAAACUCCCGGGACACCCAGGAGGUGCCCUUAGAAAAAGCCAAGCAAGUGCUGAAAAUUAUCAGUUCCUACAAGCACACAACCUCCAUCUUCGACGACUUCGCUCACUACGAGAAGCGCCAGGAGGAGGAGGAGGUGGUGCGCAAGGAACGGCAGAAUCGAAACAAACAAUAAGGGCGAACCAGUUUCUUACAUGUUCUAACGUUUGACUUUGAAAACAGUUUAAAACACGUGUGCUUGGUCAGCUCCAGUGUGUCGUCCCGUGCGGGGGUUGAGUGUUGCAUCUUUGCCUUUCUUGUCGUUGAUUUUUGCCCAGAUGGAUCUGCAUUUAUUUGUACUUUUUCUAUGUAUUAUAAUCCUGUAGAAGUCACUAAUAAAGGAGUAUUUUUUUUGUCAGCUUA